CUUAGUUUGGGAAAAGGAGAAAAGAUGGGGAAAAUAGUAAUUUGAAGUCGGUCCAAUUGUUGGCGAUCAUGAUCAAAACACCGGACUCCAUGGCUUCGCCUCGUACGAAUUUGGAGCUCCAACUCAGCGUCGGGCAACUCAAAUCCUCCUAAUUCCAACUUCUCUUCGAUUCCUUCAAUCGCCAAUUCCACUCUCUCCUCGUUGCCACAUUCAAGGUGCUUUGGCCAGUUGUUCUUUUGUUAUUUAGAUUUGCCCUUUAUGUGCCAUAGUACCGCAUCUUUGUCAUGCACCAUUCUCUGUUCUCUAUUUUUAACUCAAAGGAUGUAUGGGAACUAGGGCAAUGGCAUCUGGCAAGUUUGAUCCACCUUCUAGUAGCCCAGAUAGACCAUUGUACCCUGGGCAACGUGGAUCCCACAUAGCUGCUUCAUUAGAUAGAUCAGGUAGCUUUCGGGAAAGCAUGGAAAAUCCAGCUCUGUCUUCUCUUCCUAACAUUUUAAGAAGCAGUUCUCCAGCAACACGUGGGGAAGUAGAAAACUUCUUCAAUUAUGUGCAUUUUGAUCCAAAGUUCUUAACACUAGAUCAUAAGUCUAAUCGUCAAGUGGAAUAUAAGCGACAUGUCAAUGCUGCUCUUGGAAUUUCACCCGAUGAAUCUCCAUCUAGUUCUUCAAAAGGCAAGCUACUGCCAUCGCCAGUACCAGAAGACAUGAAACGGCUCAAGGAUAUUUUGGUAGCAAACGCAAUGAGGGCAAGGGAUCGUUUGAAAAUGUUUAGCGAGGCUUUAUCAGUAUUUCAUGAAGUUUUCCCAACUAUAACAUUAAAGAAAAGAUCUCGAGCUGAAAGUUUCUCUAAUGACCGUUCUAAUGCCAUGUCAAGUGAUCGCCCAGUCUUGGGGUCAAGCAUGGGUAAGGGUGGUGUUCAAGGUCAUCCUGUGACAGGUGGUUUUGAACUUGAGCAGCAAAAGUCAGAAGAACGAACCAAAAAUGUUGUUCCAAACAAGCGUACUCGAACUUCUAUGGUUGAUGUUAGGAUGGAUGUGCGGACUAAUUCUCUUGUCAGGCCAUCAGGCACAGUUGACAGAGACAAGGAAAAGUCACGGAUUACCAGCAAUGGUGCAGUUCAGAGUGAAGAACGAAUCUUACCUAUUGUUGGUGAUGGUUGGGAAAAGACAAAAAUGAAGAAGAAGCGUUCCUGCAUCAAACUAGAUGGUUCUCCAAGUACAACAUUAACUAAACCUGUUAACACCUUCCAGGAAACUAAACAGGGAAUGCAACAAAGACUUGUUACUGAUUCCCGGUCAAAAUUGAGUAAUGAUUCUCAUUCUUUCAGGCCAGGAGUUUCCAACGGAACUGUUGGGGCUGGAAAAUCAGAUGGUAUCUCUCAACAAGCUGGGUUGGGCAUACGAGCCUCUACCCCCAGAAACAACCAAGAUAACAAUUCCCCUGUCAAUGAUAGGCGAGGUCGCCCUGUUGGUUCAGACAAGGAAAGGGUGAAUUUCAGAGCUGUAAACAAGGCAACUGCACGUGAUGAGUUUAAUUCGGCCAGUCCUACUGCUAGUGCAAAAAUGAAUACCGCUAUUCGGGCUCCACGGUCUGGUUCUGGAGUUGCCCCCAAGUUGUCACCAGUUGUUCAUAGAGCAGCUGUUCCUAAUGAUUGGGAACUCUCUCACUGUGCUACGAAGCCACCUGCUGCUGCUAACAAUCGUAAGCGUGUGGCUUCCGCACGGUCAUCUUCCCCACCUGUUGUACCCUGGCAGAGGCCACAAAAGAGCUCUCGCACUGCCAGAAGAACAAAUUUCAUGUCUAUUGUUUCAAAUAAUGAUGAAGCUCCAGCUUUGGAUACUGCAUCUGAUGUGGCUGGUAAUGAUCUGGGGUUAGGAUUUUCCAGACGCAUGGCUGGCAGUUCUACCCAGCAAAUUAAAUUAAAAGCUGAUCCUUCAUCUUCAGCUGCCUUAUCUGAAAGUGAAGAGUCAGGGGUGGCUGACACUAAACCAAAAGAAAAGGGUAGGAAGCCGGAAGAGAUAGAUCAUAAAUCUGGACAAAACAUUCAAAAGGUGUCUAACUUGGUAUUACCGACAAGAAAGAAUAAGCUUGUUUCUGAAGAACAUGGAGAUGGUGUUAGGAGGCAAGGGAGGACUGCACGCAGUCUUACUGCCACAAGGUCACUAAUGCCAAUGACAUCAGAGAAGCUUGGGAAUAUGGGAACUGCAAAGCAGCUUAGAAGCGCGAGACUAUCUGAUAAGAAUGAAAGCAAGGCAGGUCGUCCACCAUCCAGGAAACUUUCUGAUCGCAAGGCCUAUGCACGUCAAAAGCCUACUAUUAAUGCAGCCACAGAUUUUUUUGUUGGGUCAGAAGAUGGACAUGAAGAGCUGCUGGCUGCUGUAAAGGGUCUUAUCAACUCUGCUCAUACUUUUUCCAGCCCCUUCUGGAGGCAGAUGGAACCUUUCUUCAGUUUGAUAACUGAGGAGGAUAUUGCUUACUGGAAGCAAAAGGUAAAUCUUGAAUCAAGCAUGCCGAUGCCAACUCCCAUUCCUUCAAAUAUUGAUGGCUGUGAAACCAUUGUUAAUGGAUAUGGGUUGACGGCCUGUGAAAGAGAUUCUGGAUCUGAUCCUCAAUGGAAUGCUGGAGUUAUUUCAGAACAGUUGCUACUAUCUAAGGGAGAUCAUAAUACGAUUCCUCUGUGUCAUAGGCUUAUAGCUGCUUUAAUCUCAGAGGAGGAGUGUAGUGGUGGAAGUGAACAAUUCAAGUUUGAUACUUUCAAUCCUGAAUUCGACCCUGAUGGGCAAUCAGAAUCGAGUGGUUUGGAUUACCACUCGGGAACAAAUUUUCGAUUUGCUUGUCAUAGUGCUUCUAAUGGUUAUAGGAUUAUAGACAAGCCAGAACAUGAUGUGACUGAUAGUGAUAUCAUUGGUAUUCCUCCAACUGGGUUGAAUUCAAGCUUUGGUAAAUCUGUAAAUGGUUUUCUCCACGAUAGAGCAUCAAUGUCUAGCUUCAUCAGUUCAGAGAUGCAAUAUGAUAGUUUGGAUAUAAAUGAUAAGAUUCUCUUGGAGCUUAAAAGCAUUGGAAUUGCCCUGGUACCUGAGCCUGAUAUGUUGCAAACAGAUGACGAGGGAAUAUUGGAGGAUAUUACUAAGUUGGAGGAGCUUUACCAAGGGCAGAUUUCAAAGAAGAAAAGCUUGCUAGAUGGAUUGUUCAGAGCUGCCUCAGUGGAUAAAGAACUUCAAGAAAAGGAUUUUGAACAACGUGCUCUAGAUAAACUUGUUGUGAUGGCUUAUGAGAAGUACAUGGCUAGUUGGGGCCCUAGUCCGUCUGGUGGGAAAAAUACGAGCAACAAAAUGGCCAAGCAAGCUGCAUUGGGAUUUGUCAAACGAACAUUGGAGCGAUGCCAUCAAUUUGAAGAAACUGGCAAGAGCUGCUUCAGUGACCCUUUAUUCAAGGAUAUGUUCCUUGCUGAAUCUUCGAAACCUCAUGUUUCUUCCCUUUCCGUUGAAGCAAGAACAGCUUCUAUGGGUUCACAACAGAGUCCAUCGCAGUUUAGUCAGAAUAUGGAUAAUCAUGACCUCCAUUCAUCAGAUAUGCUUCCUGCUUUAAAUCAUUCAUCUGAGCAAACUAGUGGGAAGGACGAUCUCUGGUCAAACAGAGUGAAGAAGAGGGAAUUGUCCCUUGAUGAUGUUGGUGGUGCUCCUGGUCUUUCUAGUGCUCCAGGCGUUGGAAGUUCUGUAACAAGCAGUGCAAAAGGAAAGAGAAGUGAGAGAGAUAGAGAUGGAAAGGGGCACAGCCGGGAGGUACAAUCCAGAAAUGGAACCACGAAAGUUGGUAGGCCAGCAUCAUCCAGUGCUAAGGGUGAUAGAAAAUCCAAAACAAAGCCUAAGCAGAAAGCAACUCAGAAUUCAGUUUCUGUGAAUGGCCUCCUUGGGAAGUUAUCAGAACAACCAAAACCAGCAUUAUCUUCUACUCCAAAGUCUAAUGAAAUGCCUACAACUAGCAAUACAAAGGAAAAGGAUGAGUUUGGCUUGGGUGGAUUGGAUGAUCACGAGCCUAUUGAUUUGUCCAACCUGCAACUACCUGGAAUGGAUGUACUCGGUGUUGGUGAUGACCAAGGUCAGGAUCUUGGUUCAUGGUUGAAUAUUGAUGAUGAUGGAUUACAAGAUCAUGAUGACUUUAUGGGCGGCCUUGAAAUUCCAAUGGACGAUCUCUCGGACUUGAAUAUGAUAGUUUGAAGCUGCCUUUUUUGUAUAGUCCUGUUUAGUAUACCAAUAACAAAAGCAAACAGUACGUUCAAGAAAUGACUAGUUACAUAGGAUGGUCUUAUGGCUAAUCCCGUCCACAAUUAGGUUAUAUAGAUUCUUUGGUAGACUAUGCCCUCCAAGUUGUUUUUGAGUGACCCUUCCAGCUGUUUCGGAUUUUGCUCGUGUUAAAGUUCAUGACUUCCACUGUAAAGAUCUUUUUGUUCUAAGGUACAAGUUAGCAUUCCUGGUAAUUAUAUCUUAGCCAACACUUCCUGGUUGUAGCUCUUACAAAUCAGAGAACAAGACCUCUUGUACAUACAUUUAAUAUUUCUAAUAAAAUCAGCUUUUCAUUUGCUGAAA